AUGAGGUUCAUCCGUUAUAUCUCUGUCUCCACAAACUCAAACGUCCUAAGGAAGCCUUCAUUUGACUUCAAAUCCAUUGUACAGCUUCAAGAUGAAUAUCUAAAUUCAUGUUCUAGAAGGAUUGUCAACGAACAAACUUUACGGAACGCAUCAAGUAUACUUGAUCGAUAUAACGAUUUUGUAAAAUUAGAUGUGCAGCUACGGAAUCUCAAGAAUGAAAGAUCCAAAUUAAACUCUCAAGUGAAGAAUCUAGGACCCAAUCAAUAUCUUUUAGAAGAACUGGGCUUGUUAAAAGUCAGGAUCAAGAAUCUAUCUUCCCACUACAAUGAAACCCAGGAAUCUCUUUAUCAGAUGGCAGAAUCGUUGCCUAACUUGAUUCAUCCCUCUGUUUCGGACAAAGAGGAGAUUGUGUCAACAAUUAAUUGCUCAUUGAAUGAUAUCGAAGAAUUGUCAACUAGAAAGCCAGACCCCACAUUUGACCAUAAAUCUAUCUUAGAAGAUCUCAAUUUAGCCAAUUUCCAGACUGCUAGCAGGGUAAGCGGAACGUCUUUUUACUACCUGCUUAAUGAUGGGGCUUUGUUGGAGCAAGCUCUUAUUCAGUAUGCUCUUAAAUUUGCAAGACAAAAUGGGUAUGAAAUGGUCAUUCCUCCCUCAGUCGUUAAAAAUGAAGUCACCUAUGCCUGUGGUUUUAAGCCAAGAGACCAAAACAAUGAGCAACAAGUGUAUGAAUUGGCCAACUCUAACCAAUGCCUGAAUGGCACAGCUGAAAUACCACUGGCUGCUUUAUGGAUAGAUGCCGAAUUCUCUGCCCAAGAUCUUCCAAAGAGACAGUGUGCUAUCGCCCGCAGUUUCCGAGCAGAGGCUGGAGCCCAUGGUAAAGAUACCAAAGGCCUUUAUAGGGUUCAUGAGUUUUCCAAAGUUGAGCUUUUUCAGUGGACAGAAAAUGAUGUCAAUACUUCAAGUAAGGUUUUGAAAGACAUAUUGAAUCUUCAAAUUGGAUUUUUCACCAGCCUUGGUCUCAAAUGCAAGGUCAUGAAUAUGCCAUCAAAUGACUUAGGGUCCCCUGCAUACCAAAAGUUUGAUAUUGAAUGUUUUAUGCCCGGACGUGGUAAGUUUGGAGAGCUCUCAUCCACCUCAAACUGUUUGGACUACCAAGCAAGAAGGCUCAACAUCAAAUAUAGGAAUUCUACAACUAACAAGCUGCAAUUUGUUCACACAUUGAAUGGCACCAUGUGUGCUGUACCCAGAACGAUUGUGGCCAUAAUAGAAAACUUUUAUGAUCCUCUCUCCAAGACAAUAGAGAUUCCUGCUCCACUUAGGAGUUUUAUGGAUGAUAAGGAAAGAAUAUCUGUCUAA